AUGACUGCGAAUGUUGCAUAUCAGUUAGCUUGGAUGGAAUUAUUGGAUACAGAGAAUAAGUAUAUCCAUUUAUUACAAGAUGUUUAUGAUAAGGUCAUGAUAAACAAAGAAAUUGACUAUAAAACAUCAGUUGGUAUUACACAGAUUCCACUUACUCAAUUAAAACAGAAAUUACUUGGGAAUUGGUUUGAAUUACUGUCAUUUCAUAAAAUGCAUGUUCUACCUACAUUGAAAGAAUGCAAUGGAAAUGCUAAGAUGAUCAAAUAUUGGGCUUCUGUCAUGGCACCAUGCUUCAUUGACCUGUAUACUAUGUACUGUUUGUUCCAUGAAAAGACAAAACGACUAUGUACUUAUUUAGGAAACGUUUCAUGUAAAAGUGUGAAUUUAAAAAAACCAAAGGUAAAAAAUGAAACAAUUGGAGAUUAUAACACUAAUACCGAGUUAUUUAAAUCUCAACUAACCAAACCUGUACGACGUAUUCAGUCUUAUCAUCUAUUAUUGAAUAAACUUCAAAAAGAAGCGAACUUAUCUGAUGUUAAAUACUUGGACGAUGCUCGUCAAAUAUUCAACAGAAUAUGUGAUACAGUAAAUGUGACAAUGAAUCUGCGUGGUUUGACGGUAGCGCCAUCAAAGUUAGGACAUUUUUUGCUAGAAGCUGAUUUUACUGUUAACCAAACAAUCAAACCUACAAAGUCAAAACGACAUUUUCAUGUAAUUUUAUUUACUGAAAUGUUACUGUUAACAAAAUACCGUGUUUCGUUUAAAACAUCAAUUUCUAAUAAUAAGAGCUCUGAAGAUCAGUUUCCAAAUUUGGAUGAUUAUUUAGCAUUCUUUGAUUUUUCACAUAAUAGUAAGCUCAGUGGUAAUAAAUCAUAUGAAGUAGAAGAAGAACUUUGUCUACAUCAAAUUGGGUUAUUUUCAAAUUCACAUGAUCGAUGUUUCUCACUAUUUACCGAAAACUAUGGAUCCACUUAUACAUUUAAAUCAAACGAUAAUGCAGUGAAACAACUAUGGACGAGUACAAUCAAUAAAUUACUUAUGAAUCAAUUGUACAAUUUACGAGUUAAUACGGAUCCACAACUACAGACAUUCAAUAGAUUAUCGAUUUCAAGUAGUCACUUUUCUUGGCUGAAUCCAAAUUUACCAGUAAAUUCUAAAGUAAAGCAAUUAAAAGAGAAGUGA